AUGUCUCCUCCUCCACCGAAGAAAGCUAAAGGUGACACUAAUGAUGCCACAACGACGUUGGCGGCGGCACCACCAAACGGUGCUGCUAGUUCCGCGACUGCCGAUGUUGCUGGUCUCUUGGUGGCACUUGAGAAUCCUGAAGUGAUAGCGUCGCUUGGAAAGAAGCUUGGAAAGAAAUUUGUUUCCAGAGAAGAGCACGAGGAGCUCAAAGCCCGCCUUGAUAAGAUCGCCGGAGUUUUUGAGCCAUCGACUCAAUUCGCUCUGUUUGAAACUGCAAUCUAUGAAUUCGUUCGUUCGGAUAUUGAGAAGUUGUUUUCUGCGGAAGAGGAACAGGAAAAAGCCAAGCAUGCCCUAGCAGUUCUCUGUGAUGACAUUGUAAAGCAGCUGGUGGUUGAUCCUGCGACGAAGAAGGGAUUUUCUUUCGUCGGAUUUUCUUCUCGCCGAAGACGCAACGAAAAAGUGACACGAAAGGAGUGGAAACCAUCUGUUUUGCGAGCGCUUCAUGGAUUGGCGGCAUACAUCGAAAUCGAACAGGAAAGCACUCUAAAGAAGUGGGCUACUAAUUCAGGACAGCGGAACCUGGUGACCCAUGACGGCGCUUUCGUAGAUGCACUUUACCUAACUGCAGACGGAAAGACAAAAGCAAGUGUCUUUACGGAAACAAAGGAAAAGGUCAAGAAACACCGACGAAUUUUGAAGGAAAAGUCCCGGGAAGAUCCCAGCUGCGCCACCUUGGAUGGUGCCCUGGAGGACAUUGUCAAGGCGCUUGUCUCGAAGAAAGUGGAGGUUGGCGAAGCGGCGAAAGCGAGCGUUGUGCACGAGCUCAAACGAUUGGUUGGAGACACGGUUGCCAAACGAGAAGAUUGA